AUGGCAAAGAAAAACGCUCAAGAGUCUUACCAGAGGGUUCAGGAAGCCAAGGCAAAGUCUCGAGCCAGGUCUGGAGGUGUUAGGAUGGUUGUCUCUCCUCCUCCUCCUCCUCGGAACGUUGGGACUCCUUCUCAGCCUAUUAUUCAGCACUUUUGGUCACCCACAAAGGACAUUGUCUUCGAGGGUGAUGCCGAUUACUCAAACGGCGGUUUAACUCUCACAAAGAUUGUAAACAGUGCUCCCAUUGGCAAUAGUGCCGGCCGAGCCUCCUAUUCUUCCCCCGUGCGCCUCUGGGACGCCGCUUUCACCACCACCUUCUCCUUCACUGUGGAACCAUUCCUUUAUAAACCCUUCGGUGAUGGCAUCGCCUUCUUCAUUGCGCCCUUCGUAUCAGAGCUGCCCAAAAAAUCAAGUGGCGGAUACCUAGGGCUCUUUAACGCCGACACUGCUUUGGAUUCUUACAAAAAUCAAAUAGUUGGUGUUGAGUUUGAUUCGUUUAGCAAUGCAUGGGACCCUAACACUGCUCAUAUUGGGAUUGAUGUGAAUUCCAUUGCUUCAGUAACAACAACGCCAUGGCAACCGGGGAAUGUUGCAUCUGCCACAAUUGAUUAUGAGCCUGUAAGCACAAACUUAAGCGUUUAUGUGAGAUAUGUGUGUUAGAGAAUUAUUAGAAUCAAUUAGUAUGUAUAUUCAUUUAGCAUAUCUGUAUAUUAAUUGUAGGAUUUUAUAUUUUUAUUACUUUGAUUCAUUUAGCACCUAUAAAUACUUU